UUCUGAUUCACUUCCCCAAAGCCCACAGUAGCCAAGGCUUGACCUUGUCAAAGCCAGGAGCCUGGGACUCAAUCUCUGUCUCCCAGGUGGGUGGCAGGGGCGCGUGCACUUGAGCUGCCUCUCGGAAUGUGCCUUGACAGGGAGCGGGACUGGAAGUGGAGGAGCUGGAACUUGAACCAGGCACUCUGAUAGGGCAUGAAGACGUCCCUUGCAGCUUGGUGUCAUGGUCUAGCUGAAGGCCCUGCAGGGGAGCCCACUGCUCUCUCUGGGGCUAUAACCUCGCCUUGACUAACAGGGCCUUCUUUUGUCUUCGGUCCCCAGGAGCUUAUCCUGCACUGCCAGCUGCUAUCAGAAAGCAGCCCUGGGUGGCUCUGUUUGCAAGGGCAGAACCCAGACAAAUCCUCCCGGGACUGAGGGGUGGGGGUGGGCUGCCUGGGGGCCCAGGACUGAGAGGAUGCUAAUGUGCCUCUGGCACUUGUGAAAUCCACCCCCAACCCCCUACAGUGAGGCUGAAAAUCUCCAGGCUUCACUCUGUGCAGGCUGCCAAGGUCACCGGCUCUAUCCUGCUGGGUGGCUAAGGCUGUGCUCUCUGCUGCCCUCUUCUGGGUACUUGCUGCCUCGCAGAUGCAGAAGGAAGCUGAGCCCAGCAGCCGCCUGUGAGCAGCUAGCUCCAUCUUUGUGCCCACCCAGGGCUGCAGGCCGGCCGGGCGUGGCUGCUGCCGGGGUGAGGCACUGGGAUUCACUGCCUCCUCGAUGCUUGUUGCUGGUCUGACACUUGGUAGAUGACCCACGGAGGGAAAAUGAAUGUGUGGUUCGGGUCACAAUCAGAGGGGAACGAGAACCCUAGGAGAGGGAGCCCUGAGCUUGUGGGACAGGCAGGACUGGGGAUCCCCGGAGCUUGCUCUGUAUCCAUGCACUAUCCUGGCCUUUCUUGCUGAUCAUCAGCAGACUUUCCCAGCGACUGGGCCCCACAGCAGGGCAGCGGGACCAGGCUGGGAAGACAGGCAGCUAGGGGCCUGCCUCAGCUCACAGCCCUGCCCGAUUGUGCUGAGCUGGGCACGCCUGGGCGGAAGAUGACACAGCUACAGACACACCCGGGAUCCCGGGUGGUGGGCGCCCCGGACGCCUGCUCACCACCUCCCGCUUCUGCCCUGCUGCGUCAUCCCCCUGCCUGCUCCCCUGCUCCGAGAGAGGUGUUCCUUCUUACCAUCUCCAUCUUCCUGGGGCUGGGCCAGCCCAGGAACCCCAAAGGCAAGAGGAAGGGGCCCUGGCGGCCUGGGCCUCAGCAGGUGCCGCAGGACCUGGUGUCGCGGGCAAAGCCAUUCGCCCGUAUGGAGGAGUACGAGAGGAACCUUGGGGAGAUGGUGGCCCAGCUGCGAAACAGCUCUGAGCCGGCCAAGAGGAAGUGUGAGGUCAACCUGCAGCUGUGGCUGUCCAACAAGAGGAGUCUAUCUCCCUGGGGCUACAGCAUCAACCACGACCCCAGUCGCAUUCCCGCAGACCUGCCGGAGGCCCAGUGCCUGUGUCUGGGCUGCGUGAACCCCUUCACCAUGCAGGAGGACCGCAGCAUGGUGAGUGUGCCCGUGUUCAGCCAGGUUCCCGUGCGUCGCCGCCUCUGCCCACCGCCGCCACGCACCGGGCCCUGCCGCCAGCGCGCCGUCAUGGAGACCAUCGCCGUGGGCUGCACCUGCAUCUUCUGAACCACCUGGGCCUGGCACCUGGCCCGCAGCCCUGUACCCCCCCUGCCAAGGAAGGCUGGUAAAAAGUAAACACUGUCUUUUAUAAAGCAA